AUGUCAUUGAACGACAGCGCAAUGUCGCUGAACAAUGUUCCUGCCUUCGUCAGUGCACGAUCUGCCAACACGCUCAUUUCGGAGAAUCGGCCGACCCGGAUUCAAGCAGAGACGCUCCUCGUUCUGAAUGGACUGCUGGACGAACUCCUCCUCACGAUCCUCACUUCCGCCAAAAGCUUGGCCACCGACCGCAUCAAGUCUGACGGCAUGCUCAGGAUCUUUGCAAACAACCUGCUCGCCAAGGAUGCCGUCCUCGAGGCCGAGCUCGAGCUCCGAAGCUACGUCGACGGCAAGCGUGCAGAGGGCGCCAAAGUGCCCCUCGGUCUCAUGUCCACCUCGCGACUCGACGGCACUGAUGGCUUCCCCUUUCAAAGCGCCUACAAAGCCCUCCGGUCACGUUGCCAGUACUACUCGACUCUCAGCGACUCGAAGGACGAGAAUGCCACCAAGGAUCAGAACAUCAUGAGCAGCGACGGACGUCCCGUAGCCACUGUCACGCCUGUUGCUGCCAUCUACGUGUCUGCGCUGCUCGAGUUCGUCGCCAGUCACAUCCUGCAAAACGUAGCUCGGGUCAUCGAGCGCGACAACUCCGACGAAGCCAGCCUGUACGAUCUCCGUGCUGCCAUCACCGAAGACGAACAGCUGAACCCUCUCUUCAACAAAUUGACGAUCAGACAAGAGCUGGCACGCCGCAUCGGCGUCCUCGAGUCUCGUAACGGCGCCGGACGCGGCUCUCGAUCCGAUGCCAGGGUCGUCAAGCCCUGGCACGUCCCCGACGAGCGCGACUUUGACGAGGCCGCUGGACCUUCCCUCUUCUCCUCGAAGCGUGCUUCCGUGCAGGUGCCGCCAGUGCCCACCAACAGCAACGCGUCCACGUCGUCGUCCUCCCGUCAUGGCCAUGCAGCCUCCAGCAGCUUGAGCAACGCUGACUCAAUGCGUGGCAGCAUGUCCACGCUUCGCACCGUGUCCUCUCUCGCCAAUCACGCCUCGGAAGAUAGCGCCACCGUCUCCUCGACUGCACAGAAACCAGCACGUCCUUCGCUCAGCACCAGCAACCCAGGCGGUUCCGGCAGCAUCGGACGCCGCCAAAGUUCGGAGCGCAGUUGGUCGGGUGUGUUCGGAGGUAUCAAGCGCCGCAACAGCUUCAAGCAAGGUACGUCCGACUCGGCACCUACCCGCCCAGUCCUGCCGACAAAUCACAACGCCAACGGCUCCGAUCCAGCGGAAUCAGCAUUGGACGCAGACGACGACUUUGAGGCGCUCAUGCUUUCCAGUCAGACCAUGAAGGUCUCGCUCACACCCAAUCGUCUCCACACCAUCGAGGUCGCCAAAAAGAGUCAAGACGUUGAUCCCGGAUCUCUUGGACGACGUGCUGGUACGCCCGGCGGGCACAGAGAUGCUUCUUCCGCAACGCUCGCAUCGCAGGCCUCACAGACGUCGGCAAGCGGCGAGGCGCUGCCUUCCGGCGCUGGACGUGCCGUUGAAAGGGCAUCCGCAGGCAGCGCGACGACGUCGGAUGUCGGUUCGACACAACCAAGCACACGCGCGUCGCUGCCAUCAUCACUGCGGCCUGAACGCAAAGCAGCGGCUCCUCCGCCUUCGUCGUACCGAGGCCCCUCUUCCGCCUUCACCGGCCAGCACGCCUUGCGGUCCGGCGAGGUUGUCGAAGAAGAUAUCUCGAAGGCAAGCGUUCCGCCUCCUACUCCACCGCCGCAGUCCUUGACGUUCCGACGCGGCACGCCGCGACUGCAGCCACGCAACGAUGAAGCGGAGCGCACUUCUUCGACGCACAAGGAUCUCGUCGAUCUCUUCAAGUCCACGCCGCCAUCCGCUACCUCAGAGAGGUUCGGCAACAUCAGCUCCGACACAUCUUCCUUGACGGACGGCGCUCCGAAAAAGUCUGCGAUGGGCGACCGUGUUCGCACCCUGUUUGGCCGAAGAUCGGCCAGCAGCUCCGGCCACGGCACACCCUCCUCGCCCGUUCAAACAGCGUAUCGCGUCCACCAGCACACCGACACCAAGGCGAGUUUGGAGGGAUCGCAAGACACCUACAUCACCAGCAGCACCACCAAUUCGCUCGACCAAACGCGUUCGCUUACGUCGGCCAACGAACCAACCUUCACCCGCAACAAUGCAGCAUCGCGCUCGUCUACGUCUACUUCGGAACACCCUGCAGCGACUGCUGACGUGGCGUCGGAUACGAAGCCGAAACCGGACGUCACUGUUUCCGAUACGGGGCGCGCAGGCUCUAACAGCGCUUUAAUCGGUUUAGGCGUAGGAAUGGCCGCGGCUGCUGGCGCGGCGGGAGCCGGGGCAGUUGCUGCGUCCCGUAGUGCAAGCAAUGCGUCGAGAUCCACGAGCUACGGCAGCCAGACCCCGGGCGCCGCUGAGGUCGCGGGUCAGGACGAUCUCCAGGCAGACGAUGCGUCGACAACGUCCAAAUCCAUCAAAACUCCAGAUGAACUGAUCAGUCGCAAAGUGCCAUGGGGGUACAAACGCAAUUCGGCGAGUGCAAACACGGUGAUCGAACGCAAUGGCACGCCUUCUUCCGAUCGGCGCCGAAGCGUCGGAUAUACAAGCUCUAACGGACACGGCGUCCUCCCUGUGCGAGGUCAGGCCGGUACGUCCUCUUCUGAUGCUGGUCACCAUUCUGCUGGCGGAAUUGGAGGCGCGGUUGGUGUGUCUCCCAUGACGGCCACGACCGAAGAGGGAGCUGCCGCCGCCACAGCGCGAGGCAACAAUGCACCUACUGCAUGGUCAGGACCUGUCGGUGCGUCUGGCUCGCAGGUGUUGGUGCGAAGAAGGUCAUUUGGCGCAGGACCCGCCUCGAUGCAUGCGUCGCGUCGCAACAGCACGAGUCUCGAGACAAUCCAGGUGCUUGCUGAGCUGGAGAGGGCGAUGCGCACCUGUCACAGUGUCGAUGAAUGUCGUGCUCUGGUGCAGAAAGCCAUGCACUCGGAUGGGCGCUCAUUCUCGCCAUCUUCGGAUCGUCCCAAUGGCGACGCUAUCGACAGUCCUGCAACAACGGAAAAGGGAAAGCCAGACACUGCUUCGACACACGCAACCGCCACGGAAAUAGCAGCAGACGGUGCAGUAGGCACAGUCACGGCAGCCGACGCGACAGAUAUACCUGCUCAGCUAAACGGACGCGCUGCUGAGCCUGAGUCAAAUACCAGGACUGUAGAGCUCAAGCCAUCAUUGGUGGAAGAGGAGGGAAGCUCCCUCGAGGCCGUGGAGCAAGGUCUUGUGGUAGCAUGGUUGCUAGGCGGAGAUGGCGAUCCUGCACCCACUCGGACGGCGAAAGAGGAGGCUGUGGAGCAAGCCAGGGAAGAGAACAAGCACCAGCCGGGCAAGGAGGCAGCGUCCUCGGCAGUCGAUACUAACGGUCCAAGUGGCAAGGUGGAUGCCGCGACGGGUCUACGACAGAGGUCUCUGGUGGAUUCCAACGCGUCGUCUCGCGAUGUGGGACUUUUGGCGUCGAGCAGCGUUGUGUCGCUGCAGUCGAACUACAAGGACGCUGAAGACGACGUCACGAUUCAAUAG